UUUAUAAAUGUUCCUCUGAAAUAAUGAAGACUAUUAGACUCAUAUAUUUUCUUGUUUUCUUGGGCUACAUUAAAUGCCAGAUUCUUCAGAGAAGUUUACAAGAUGCAGCCAUGAAGUACCUUAAAAGUCAGAAUUAUCUGGAGGAGAACCUAAGAGACAUCACCAGCAUUAUGGUUGCUCAGUUUCUUCAGAAAGUGACUUAUGAAGAUGUACAAACCAUAGUUCAAGAACUGCUCAAUACUGCAGAGAAGUGCAAAGGAUUCAAGCCACAUGAGUCACCUUCAGAGUGUUCUCACCAAAUGAUGAUUACCUUCCUAGAGCAUAUUUGCAACAACCAAGGAAUGGUUGAUAAAUAUGGGGUUUCUGACUGUUGCAAUAAAAAUUACACAGCAAGGCACAAGUGCCUUCUCUCUCAUAAAAAAGAUGAUGCAGAAUACAGUGAUGUAUUUCAAAUUCCAAAUCCUGAGCAAAUCCUGGACAAGUCCUGUGAGACGGACAAAGAGAAUCCAGGGUCAGUGAGGGAGAGGUACAUUUAUGAAACUUCUAGACAGCACCCAUUCUUAUAUGGACCCACAAUUCUGACAAUGUCUGCUUGUUAUGAGACAGCUAUUGAGUCAUGUUGCCAAGAAGACAAUAAGACUGAAUGCCUCCAGAUAAAGCUAGAGCCCAUCAGAAAAUACAUCACAGAAAUGUCUUUAAGACAUCAUCACUUAUGUGAGAUUGGGAAUAAAUUCAAUCACAGAAUAGCAAAAGCAGUGGAAUUGGUUCUGCUUACUAAAAAACAACCUAAAGCUGAUUUCUCUGAAAUUGCCAAACUGACAAUGGAUACUAAAAGUCUGCAUCAGACUUGUUGUGAAGGCAAUACGGUAGAAUGUGUUCUUGGCAGGAGUCAGCUUAUGAACUAUACCUGUUCUAAACAGGCUAUCCUUACCAGCAAAAUCACUCAGUGCUGUGAACAGCCAGUGCCAUUCAGGGGGGAGUGCAUUAUCAACUCAGAAAAUGAUGACAAACCUGACCAAGUAUCCCUGACACUCAGCAGGUUUACUGAAGACCAAUUUGUAUGCAAACAAUUCAUUGAGAAGCAAGAAGAGUUCCUGCAAGAGUUUCUUUAUGAAUAUUCAAGAAGCUAUCCAGAGCUGGCAGUUCCACUGAUUUUAAGAGUGGCUGCGACAUAUCAAAAUUUAUUGGGAAAAUGCUGUAAAUUAGAACACCCUCUGGAAUGCUAUAGCCAUGGGAAAGAGAUGCUCCAAAGAGUGGUUAAUGAAAGCCAUGAGCGUGUAAAAAAUUACUGUGAUUUAUAUAAGAAAUUAGGAGAUGGCAACUUUCACAACUGGCUUAUUGUCCUUUAUUAUAAGAAGGUCCCACAACUAUCUGCUCAAGAGUUGGUUGUGCUCACCAAGAACCUAGCAGCCGCUGCCACCAAAUGUUGCCCCCUGGGUGAUGAGAAACAGUUUAACUGCAUUGAGGACUCGGCAAAGCUUAUUUUUGGAGCUUUAUGCAGAAGACACGAGGCUGAGCCUAUCAGCGCUGGCGUGGAUCACUGCUGUGAUGACGCGUAUGCGUUCAGGAAGAUAUGUUUUGAUGAUCUGCAAGGCGAUGCAACCUACGUCUCUCCGUCUUUACCCUACGAACAAGUCAUCAGCCUUGAAGAGAACUUGUGCAAAGCUCAGGAGGAGAAAAUUCAAACUGAAAAGCUUAAGGUUCCAAACUGACUGAAGAGUACCAGUCUCUCUUAGGAGGCUAAACAAUUCCAGAAGAUGUCAAUUCAGGAUCUUCACUGAGAUCUGCAUUUUACUUUUUACGAUUAAUCAAACACAUGUCUUCAAAAUAAAAUAAGAAUUUAAAAAAUCCCCUGAAUUUUUAGCUGAGUUACUCACAGUGUUUCUCAAGAACACUGGCCAGUCUACACUUAAUUUCUCCUUUCCUACUCUGCAGAGAAAUCUACUUAUUGAAAUCCUCAGACAACCUUCUCUCAUUCCCCUUCUGCCCCAUAAGCUGUCUGCUUCUCAGGAGCAGAAACAACAACAUGAAACCGAUGGUACCCUGUUAUGGUGCCCGCGAAUUAAAGUACGAGACAGCCAAACAGAAUUUAAAGAGCCUUUUAUUAGCCAGCUAGCAGGCGGCUGCGGUCUCUCACUCCACGCAGGGAGUUCAGCAAGCAGCCCCCACCUGUGUGCGCUGGGGCCU